CGCUGAGUGCCGGUGCUCGGACUUUAUUUGUUUACCUUCGACACUGAAGUAAAAUAGCUUCCAAGCGAUAUGGACACUAUCAACGAAGGAUACGACGAACCACCAAUCAAAAUAGAACCAAAAGAAGAAUUCGUUUACGAGGAAAUCGAGAAUUAUGACCUCAGCGAGGCGGAAAACCCUCCGGGAGACGAUGUCAAAACAAAAGCCUGUUCAAAUGAUACGGAGUUGUUAGGGUUGCACUCAAGGGAGGUGGAGUCUGACUAUUUCGGGGAACCUGCAGGAGUGGAGGUCAUAGUAAAGGAGGAGCUCGACCUUAGUUGCAGCGAGGAUGAAGACGAUGAAAACCCACUUCAUGACGACACUGCGAUCCGAAAAGAACCUUCUUGUUUACCGGACGACCCCGAUAAGGACAACAAAUCCCUCGAGUGCCACAUAUGCAACAAAAAAUAUUCUCUAAGAAAUUCCUAUCUGUGCCACAUGAAGAAGCACGGACUUCAUCAAACAACUAGGAAACAUGGGACCAUCGCAUCCACAAGUGAACCGGUCUAUGACGAAAAGAAGAACUUCUGCAUUUCGUGCAACAUUAAAUUCCAGUCAAAAAGGACCUUUAACUUGCACAAGAUGGCCCAUCGUUACAUGGUCCAUAAACACGAAAGAGGCUACGAGGACACCCAGUUCGAUUGUGAGUUUUGCAACAGCCAACUGAACUCCUUCAAUAGGUACAGAUCCCACCUCGUAAUGGCCCACGGGGAUGAAAUUCCAAAAAUAUUUCAAAAUGAUCCUGCGUAUCUGAGAUGCCUUUAUUGUCAUUUGCAAUUCGAAAAGCCAACCACGCGCUUCGAGCACGAAAGAACUCACAAGUCCGAGGAGAAACCCUUUCUCUGUUCCACGUGUUCAAGAGCCUUUUCAAGACGGAGAGAUCGCAAGCUCCAUGAAACCCUUCACUGUCCAAAAUCAGCCCAAAAUGCCAACCGAGUCAAGCAUAAGCCAGUUGUGUUCUCCUUGGACCCGGAAUACGACAACGACAAAAACUUCUGCAUCACCUGCGACCGCCAGUUCGACUCAAGAGCGGCCUUUACCAGCCAUAGGAAAGUGCACACCGAAAAGAUCCGUCUGCAUAGAGAUCAGAAGCCGAAAGGGGAUGAGAUGUACAACUGUGAGUUGUGCAGUCGAAAGCUCACAUCCGCUUAUCGGUUCCGGAUCCAUGUCGCAACCAUGCACGGGGAUAUAAUUCCAAAGUCACAAAUAGGGAAUCCUGCGUAUCUCAGAUGCCUAUUUUGCCAUUUGGAGUUCGAGAAACCAACACUGCGCUUUCAACAUGAACAAACUCAUAUGGCGGAAGACAAGCCUUAUCGAUGUCCCGUCUGCCCGAGGGCCUUCAAGCGCCUUGGAGCUCGAGAAUACCACCAAGAGGUUCACUCACAAGGACCAAUAACCUGCGACCAAUGUCCGGUUGUAUGCCAAACUCGGUCCCAACUUAACAUGCAUAUUCAGAACACUCACAACAAACCAAUUGUCACGGAAUUUCCAUGCAAACGUUGUGGGAAAGUCUUUGAUUCUUACGUAAAACGGAAGUCACACGCUCUGUCCCAUAGAGAUGAAUUCCAGUUCGAAUGUGAUGUCUGCAAGGCGAAAUUCAGUCUUGAGAAAAAUUUAGUUUUGCAUAAGAAAAAACAUUUGUGCCCGAGACUCACUCAACGUCUUAGACGAGCAGCUAAGAAGGCAUCAAGGCAAAAGCAAAUUGAAGGAGUCUAGGUUGCGUUUGAAUAUCCCAGUUGAGUUUGAAACAUUCCUAGUCUACAUUUUGUUAACCCGAUGACCAACAGAUUGCCCGAAAAUUCGCUUUAAUCCUUCUAGAUGAAGACUAGAAAAUGGAGGAGAAAGUUCAGCAAGAACUGAUCACUUUCUUGCUGGUUUUUGCCUUUGAAGCAGGACUCCCUUCCUGCUCACAACUAGCAUGAUCACUGUAUACUACCCUAUUUUUUCAUUUGAUGGAUUAGAUGGAAAUAGCGCCUGUCCACCAGGAUUAGUGCGUCUUGUUCUCAGUUUAUAAGAAAUAGUUGAAAAUAAAAGAA